UAAAUAUCAGGAUUGGUAAACCAUCAUCUAUCUCUUCUUAGAUUUUCAUUUCCAACUCUCUUUGUCUGUCCUGGAUAUUUAGUUUCAUCGGAGUUUCGGAGAGAGAUGUCUUCUACAAGAAAAACCAUUAAUCACGACCCCUUCAAUUUCAUUUUAGUUCCUCCGACAAUCAAAGCCAUAUAUUUUUGCUCAGUGGCUUCAGUCUCUCUCAUCCUCUACUUCGGCUUAUCAAACCACCCCCACUAUUUCACCCAACACCAUAACUUAGUGCUUCCAACCAUCUUCAACCACCGCAAAAUCACCACCGUCAAUGACUCCGACAAGACAAACAUUUCCCACAUAUUGUUCGGCAUCGGAGGCUCGGUGAAGUCGUGGAACAAACGCCGUCACUACAUUGACCUAUGGUGGAAGCCUAAUGUCACCCGCGGGUUUAUCUGGCUGGACCAGAAACCCUCGCCCAACAUAACGUGGCCAGAGACCUCGCCAGAGUACAAAGUCUCAGCGGACACAUCACGGUUCAAGUACUCCUGCUGGUACGGUUCCCGCUCCGCCAUUCGAAUUGCAAGAAUUGUAAAAGAGAGUUUCGAGUUGGGCUUUGAGAAUGUAAGGUGGUUUGUCAUGGGAGACGAUGAUACGGUGUUUUUCACUGACAACUUAGUUACGGUGUUAGCGAAAUACGAUCACAAUCAGAUGUAUUACAUUGGUGGGAAUUCCGAGAGUGUGGAGCAAGAUGUGAUACACUCGUACACUGUGGCCUACGGCGGUGGUGGUUUUGCUAUAAGCUACCCAUUGGCAGCUGAGCUGGUUAGGGUUUUGGACGGGUGCAUUGAUAGGUAUGAUGCGUUUUACGGCUCAGAUCAGAAGGUCCGGGGAUGUUUGAGCGAGAUUGGGGUGCCCUUAACAAAAGAGCUAGGAUUUCACCAGGUUGACAUACGAGGGAGUCCUUACGGUUUGCUAGCGGCGCACCCGGUGGCACCACUAGUGUCACUACACCACUUGGAUUACGUGGAGCCCAUGUUUCCUGGCCUAACCCCGAUUGACUCAGUUAAGAAGUUGGUUCGUGUGUAUAAAAUGGAUCCGGGUCGGACCUUACAGCAUAGUUUUUGCUAUGACUUGAGACGGAAUUGGUCAGUUUCAGUGUCUUGGGGUUACACAGUGCAGUUGUACCCGUCGUUGGUGACGGCAAAGAACCUGGAAACAGCCUUGGAGACGUUUCAGACAUGGAGGAGUUGGGAAAUGGGUCCGUACACGUUCAAUACCCGAUCCGUGAGCCCGGAUCCAUGUAAGAGACCGCUUGUGUAUUUCUUGGAUCGGGUUGAGAGUGUUGGUGGGGAUGAGACUUUGACUAUGUACAAGAGGUACGCGGAGAAAGAAGAAAAAGAUUGUCUCCAACGCGACUACAUUGCUGCUUUGAAAGUUCAGUUUUUCAAUGUCUCAGCUUCUAAUUUCAAACCUAACUUGUGGGAGAAGGCACCACGUAGACAAUGUUGCGAGAUCAUCGAUGGCGGAGAUGGGGUUCAAAAUGUGGUACUGCUCAAGGUCAGAGGUUGCAAUCGCUUUGAGAGCGUGACUCCUCCGAUCUAAAGAAUGUAGAGAACAUCAUGACUUAUUUCAGUUGCGUAU